AAUAUUUAGCCUAUACGUUGUAAAAAUAUUUAAUAAUUUGUCGUUGAUGAGAAGUAAAAAUAAUUUAUCACUUACCUAAAACCAUACUGUAAAUCAAAAUGAGCUUUUGUCAAAAAUCUCCAAAAUUGAGGAAAGGAAUGAUUAUUGGAAUGGGCAAUUCGAUGUUGGAUUUAAUUGGAUAUGUUGAUACUAGUAUGCUAGAAAAAUACGGAUUGUUGGCUAAUAAUGGAUAUAUGGCUGAAAAAGUACAUAUGGGACUUUUUCAAGAACUUAUUGAUGAAGGCAAAGCGGAACUUGUAGUUGGUGGUUCAGUUCAGAAUACAUUCCGAGUGGUUCAGUGGGUUCUAGGUGAGCCGGAAGUCUGCAUCAUCUUUGGUGGUAUUGGUUGUGACAAAGAAGGGGAAGAGCUUGUUGGAAAAGCCAGAGCAGAUGGAGUUGACACUCAGUACCAGUAUAUCGAGGGGGUUCCAACAGGUAUUUGCGCUGUUCUCUUAACAAAGAAUGGAGCAGAACGGACGCUGGUUGCAAACCUUUCAGCAGCGAAAUGUUUUACCGUGGACCACUUGAUGAAAGAGGAUAACCUGAGCAGGAUGCUUAAUGCUGACAUCUUUUAUAUUUCUGGGUUUUUCCUAGCUGUCAGCCAAGACGCUGUGGUGCACUCGGCAAAAAUGGCAGCAAAGUACGGCAAAUGGUUCAUGAUGAAUUUGAGCGCUACCUACAUAGCUGAGCAAUACAUGGACGGUUGGAAUGAAGUUUUUCCUUACAUCGAUGUCUUGUUUGGCAACGAAACGGAAGCAAGAUCGUUUGCAAAAGAAUCACAAUUUGAAGAGGUGAAUGACGUGUCACAGAUAGCCUUGAAACUGAGUUGUCUACCUAAAAACAAUUUGUCUCGAACCAGGAUUGUCGUGAUAACCCAAGGGCCUGACCCAGUUGUCGUGGCUGAGGACGGAUGUGUAAAGCAGUUUCCAACCAUCCAUCUACGGCCUGAACAAGUUGUCGACACCACUGGAGCAGGAGACGCUUUUGUUGGAGGUUUCCUGGCGCAGUUUAUUCUAGGCUUGUCCCUGGAGGACUGUGUCCGAUGCGGGGUCUGGUGUGCAACAGAGAUGGUUCAGCAGCAGGGGUGUUCAUUGGAGGGGAUGAGGAAAUACACCGAAGCGCAACAAUCAAACGUUUAGCAACAUAUGUCCUCAAAACAUUUAGAUCCAUCAUAUUGUUAAGCUUUUAACUGAUAGUGCAAUAU